UGACAGUUGUUUGUGGUUUUGUGGUUGUUUGUUGAUGUAAAAUAAGUGGUAAGGACGAAGCUAAUAAUUUGGAAAAUUAUUAAAAUUUAAUAUUUUCUAAUGCUAUUCAACAUUAAAAACAAUGUUAAUUAUGUCUUUGCACCUCUGAUACACAUAAAUAUAGUAUUAUAUAAAUGAUUGCAUUAAUAAGAUCUGAAUAAAAUAAACAUUGGUUUGUAAACCCAGUUUCUUAAUUCACUGGUGAAUCAUCAUUCCAAAACAAGUGUUCAUUUGUAUGCUUCUGAUUAUCCUAAGGAGUAAAGGUACUCUGCACAAUGGAGUGGCUGUUUGGGCACCGGAUGACGCCGGAGGAGAUGUUGCGCAAGAACCAGCGCGCGCUCAACAAGGCCAUGCGCGAUCUGGACCGCGAGCGCAUGAAGAUGGAGCAGCAGGAGAAGAAAGUUAUUGCUGACAUCAAGAAGCUGGCCAAGGACGGCCAGAUGGAUGCAGUGAAGAUAAUGGCCAAGGACCUGGUGCGCACGCGGCGCUACGUGCGCAAGUUCAUGCUGAUGAAGGCCAACAUCCAGGCGGUGUCGCUCAAGAUCCAGACGCUCAAGUCGCAGAGCAGCAUGGCGCAGGCCAUGCGCGGCGUCACGCGCGCCAUGGCCUCCAUGAACCGCCAGCUCAACGUGCCGCAGAUACAGAAGAUCCUGCAGGAGUUUGAGAAGCAGUCGGAGAUCAUGGACAUGAAGGAGGAGAUGAUGAACGACUCCAUCGACGAGGCCAUGGAGGGCGACGACGACGAGGAGGAGAGCGACGCGGUCGUGUCGCAGAUCCUGGACGAGCUGGGGCUGCAGCUCAACGACACGCUGUCCGGCCUCCCGCAGGCCACCGGCUCGCUCUCCGUCGCCGGCAAGACACCGGCGGCGGCGGCCGCCAUCGCGGGGGGCGGCGGCGGCGCGGCGGGCGGCAGCGGCGGCGGCGGCGGCGGCGGGGGCGGCGCGGUGAGCGACGCGGACGCGAUCCUGCAGGCGCGCCUCGACAACCUGCGCCGCGAGUAGCCACCGCGAGGGAACUCAUCACUCGCAAUACCUACGUGAAGCAACACCUACUUACCGCCAGCCUACUCCCACUGCCGCGCUGGAGCGAGAGAUCGCACCCCACCGAGAUCCAAUCUUUCGCUCCGAUUGGUAAGGUCACAGUGGGAUAGCGAUAAGUAGGUGUUUGCUUCAAGUAAGUAUUGGAAGUGAACUCUCUAUUACUUGGUGGGGGAACCGUGGAACGCUGCUGGCUUCCAAGUGUCAACGACUAAGGCUCGCCACAAACUACCAUUUAUUUACUUUAUGCUGCGUUUUCACUUAGUGUUCUCAACAGUUCUAAGCAGGCAUCCCGUCACGGUAAAUAGAAACACUAUAGCAAGCAAACACAUUCGUUCGGUUAUGCGCUCUCUUUCACUCGGUGAGAUAGCGUCAUCGGUGAACGAAUUUUUGUGAGCGUUCAAUGUGCUUGAUUUAUCUCCUAUCUUCAGAACUGCUGAAGCUUCUAUGCAGAAUGAGUGUUUGUUGUAUCGUUGUAGUGGAAACAGAUAGCAGAUUCUAUCUGUUAUGAGCGAAUGUCGCCUGAGCAGUGACCACUCGCUCAGAUCAGAGUUGUCAAGUCUUAGCUACAAAGCAUUACAUGUAACUGGUGCAAACGCAAAAGUCGCACAUAUACCCAAAUUGUCUCGGGUCGUUUGGUGUGCACGCACUACGUGACGUCAUAGUGAAUGACGCGGCGUGUGUGCGGUCCAUAACUAAUAAUCGAUCUGAGAAAAUUAUUACUAUCACACCAAUAUUAUAAAGGCGAAAGUUUUGUGUGUACGUUUGUUACUUUUUCACGCAAAAACUACUGAACGGAUUCGGCUGCAAUUUGGAAUGGAGAUAGAUUAUACCCAGGAUUAACUACUUAUUA